UCUCUCUCUCUAAAACUUCAAAGAAUGUCUCUACUAAGGUUUACUUUAUUCUCAGCUAGGAUUUAUCACUUUAUUUUGAACUUCUUCAUUUUUCUACUCCUUCUAAGGCUUGUCGAUCCGAGAAAUGUUCAUAUUUGGGAAUUGAAAUCCCAUAGUCAUUACAAUCACAGAGUGCAUAACGAUGGGAAUCAUGUGUCUCGUCCUAAUCCUUCAAUUAAUGCUGAUUAUGGACUUUACAACCCAUAUAACAUCACCAUCUUGGAUGUUCUAUCUUUUGGAGCCAUGGGCGAUGGAACAUCUGAUGAUUCCAAGGCAUUCCUAGCAACAUGGGCUGCUGCUUGUAAAGUUGAGUCUGCAAUAUUUGAGGUGCCAUCGGAAUUCCGGUUUCUUAUCGGGCCAUUAACAUUUCGAGGGCCAUGUGAGCCUGGACUUGUACUUAAGAUCGAUGGAACAAUUGUUGCGCCUUCGAAUUUGGAUGACUGGCCCGAGUCGGGAUUGUUCACUUGGAUCAACUUCAAGUUUCUUCAAAACUUCAAAGUGACAGGAACUGGGUCCAUUGAUGGCCAAGGUUCAGCUUGGUGGGAUGUACCACUAUUCCAAUCUAACCAGUCCGUCGGGAACUCGACAAACAAUCCGAAAAUGAAGCCCACAGCAGUGAGAUUCUACGAGAGUUUCAACUUAAGCAUCGGCGACAUCACAAUCGAAAACAGUCCAUCGAUCCAUCUAAAAUUUGAUAAUUGUGGUGGGGUGUUGGUAACCAACCUCACUGUUUCAUCACCAGGGAACAGCCCCAAUACCGAUGGAAUCCAUCUGCAAAAUUCUCAAGAUGUUGAAGUGGAAUAUUCUUCUAUCGCCUGUGGAGAUGAUUGCAUAUCAAUUCAAACUGGGUGUUCAAACGUUUGCAUUCAUGAUGUCCAAUGCGGUCCUGGCCAUGGCAUUAGCAUAGGUGCAUUGGGUAAAGAUAACAGCUUGGCCUGUGUUUCCAACAUCACGGUCCAAAACAUUACCCUUCAAGACACUGCUUAUGGAGCUCGGAUCAAAACUUGGCAGGGUGGGCUUGGCUCGGUUGAGAGUGUUUUCUUCUCAGAUAUACAAGUUACGAAUGUGAAAGUUCCAAUCACGAUUGAUCAAUUCUACUGUGACAAGAGAGUGUGCCAUAACCAGACGGAUGCAGUGUCGGUUGCCAAUGUCGGUUUCAAUCGAAUUUCAGGGACUUUUACAUCACAAGCCAUUCAUCUAGCAUGCAGUGACAGCACCCCUUGCAUUGAUAUCUCUAUCGGAGAGGUCAAUUUAGCUCCAUCAGCUGGUGUUCGAAAAAUAAAACCGACACUGUGUUGGAAUUCCUAUGGUGAAAUGCAAGCCCCUGUGUUCCCUACAAGCAUAGACUGCUUAGAGACAAGCAACCCUUUUAAGAUGAUAAACAAAUUAAACUCCACUCAGUUUACCUGCUAAGUUUUGCAGAAACUUGAGAUUAUCCCGUGAAUAUACCUAUACAGAAAGCUUAUAACGUGAAUAACAUGUUCUAAUUCUAUUUAGGCUUCAUGCAGUCCAUUUCGAAUCGCUCUAACCUAUGUUUAAGCCCCUCACGUAUGCAUAAUGAGCGAUAUAAACCCGUGAUGUAUCAUUGAAAGUCCUAGUAUGCAUGGCAUUAGCACUAUAGAAAAGUAGUAUACGAUGCAACUCGUGACAGGAAAUGUGUACACCAAUGAAAUCUCAAUUGUCCGAUUGGAUCCCUUCAGGAUCGUCGAUUGUCUGACAAGAUCCCAUUAUGUUCCAAAAAAUAUGAGAUUCAAUCAAGCGGUGUCGCCUAUACAUCAGAGUUCAAUGGAACGGCUAACAACCAAGUGGUGUGUUCUUUCCCAUAUGGCUUAUAUAGGGCACAUGCUUCCUUACAAUUGAAACAAGUCUCACUGAAAGUUGUGGCAUGUAUUAUGGUAGAACCAUAAAUGUAGUCCCCAUAUGCUUCGACUCAAAGGUGGACCCAAACAAGCAAAGUGAGCAUUUUUCUGUGCUCACUGGAAAAUCAUUAUACAUAUCUUUUAAUAGGUAGUUCAGCAGUAUGAUUUGAACUUUAGGAGACAUGCGUUGCAAGAGUCCAACAAACCCUAACGUCUGAUGCCCAUGCUCAAAUCCUCAUGACCAUAGAUAUAAAGUGUAAGACUUUGUCAAUGAUACAAAUGACGUGAUUUGUGGUCAAAAGAAAGAUGAGAGGUCCAGAAGAAAUUGGGAAUUUCACAUAAAGGCGUUUGGCUGCACAAGGGCUUAGCUCUAGCAGGAGAAUUCACUAGAAGAUCUCGUGGUAGUCUUUCAGAUAGAGACUGUAAAAAAUUUGUCUACUAGAAUAGUAUGGUGGAAUGAUUAACUGAGGUUCUGUUUUCCCAAAAAUCUUGGCUUCUGCAAAACAUUCUAUGUAGUAUUGCAAAAUUUCAAUCAAUCUAAAAACAGCCUUGUGCCAUUUUCUGCUCAUUCACAAGAACAUCUUCAUAUUGCAGUUAAACAGCCAUUCCCCUAUGAAGUAUCAGUCAUCAAAGCAUAUAUUAGCAACAUGUUUCUUUGCUUCAAGAUGAGAAAGUAUGCGGCGAGCAGGUGAAAAAUUCAGUUUGAAGGGCCAUCACAGUCAAUGUGUUGGAUGGUGAGAGAGUGAGGCCCAACAAACAUGGCGUGAAUCCAAUUCUAAUUCCCUCUCCCUCUCUCUGUCCCCCCACAAUGUAGUUUGCUAUCUCAACAUUGUAGCAAAGCACACUUGAUGUCAAUAUUGCAGCAAAGCACUGUUGAUGUUUGCAUUGUAGCAAAGCAUAGACAUGUGCAUGUGUGUGUCACAGUUUAGAUAUAUUGUUCAGCAAGACACCAAAUUAUCCUACAUGGUAGCAUCCACAAAUAAUCACUCCUAGCAGCGAAUGAAAACUAGUCAACUUCGACAUGUCUGAGUUGCUUUGACCUGGCAGGGAGCCGGGUCCUAUGGUCAAAACCUCAGGAAACAACUGUGUCCCCACCACUUCUCAAGGUUAUUGUAUUAGAUUUCAUAGACUCGAGUCCCAUAUAGACUCAUCUAAGCUAAACAAGCUGACUUGGGCUCGGGCCCUGCACAGUUCCGAGCCAAAUUCCAAUCACCUAAUUCAUAUAGUCAAGGCUAAAGGGUAUAGAAUCAUAGAAAGAACGUAAAGUGAGUUACAUAGGUAGCUUUAAAAAUAGAUGGUGGUAAAAGCAUAGAGAGUUAGAAAGUUAACAUUUCUUCAAAAAAAAAAGGAAAGAGUUUUAUAUAAACUUUGCUCUCAUGGAACUUCUAGCCUAUUUCUUGAGAUAAUAGCUUCUUGAACUGUUCUAUAUUUUCUUCAUUUGAGUCAAAUGAAUGUUAAAUGUAUUCUUUAAGAUUGCACAUGACCCACAACCAUGCAUUAAGCAUCUAUGCAUGUGAUCAGUCUAAAUUACACUUAUUCUUUUUCUCAGAUUUGGCAGGGGGACAGAGGGCAGGGUGGCGCUGACAAAACCUAGCCUAGCUAACACAUGCCCAGGAGCAUAUCUGACUCAACAACUUACAUUCAACCUAGGAGCAAGUGAAAAUAAUACUACUCAACAGCACUGGAAAUAAAAAGAGAUCCCUUGAGAUAGUCGAGGAUUACCCAAAUGUCUGAAGUAUUCACAGAAUAUAAAGCGUAUUGCAGAAAAAUCUGCUUCAAUGCCUACACUUCAGCACUGAAUUUGUAAAAUUUUGCACCAUAAUCAUGAAAACUAGACAGUGAUCAUAAACCUAUAACCAAUUCAUGGGAUGAAUGCCAGAUGCCAAAACCUAAUGCGUGAGAUUGACAAAAUUCUCCAAAUGCAUCAGACACACCAAUUACCAUCAAGCUACACUUUACAAAACCAGAAGUCAAGAAGGAUGGAUGAGGGCCAUUAAUUGGUGCUAGUUCAGAAGCAUCAAUAUCCGGAGUUAAGCACUAACAAAUACACAGACAUGCAAGUACAAAAUAGCACCAUCCAACUAUUUAAGAUGUGAUUGAUAAUUGGCAUUGCACUUUCCAAAUAUGAUUAGACACAUGCUUGUCAAAUAAUGAAGUAAUGGCAGCAUUAAAUUUUGCCUUUUGUCAGACAAAUUUUUCAAAUUUUAUUACAAUAAACAUACCCAAUAACAAAUAGGACAGUUUCCAGGGAGUCUAAAAGCAUGAGACGUCAUGGAAUGUAGCUAAAUAUAUGGCAUAGCCAGCCUCCCAUAGCAAACCAUUUUUUAUGCCAUCUCCUUCUUAGUUUGAGACUUUUUAUGAAGGGAAUAGGGAGCAGAGAAUCAGCAUUGUUCUGC